UGGUGUGCGCUUCUUAUAAUCGGAUGCAAACCUAUUUAUAUUCCAUCCUUUAUUCUCUCUUUCUGGUCCGCCCCUUCCCAUCUCAUCUAAUCUCUCUGUCCUCAGCUUUCACUCCAAACCCUCCCAAACCCUAACCAAACACCUCACCCCUCUCCAUCCAUCCCUUUCGCCCAAUCCGACAAUCCACCGCACGCCGCGCAGCUCCGGCGGAAUAAAUCCACCAUGGCGGCCUCCACCACCAGCCAGGUCUACAUCCAGGUAAUCGACGAUGUCAUGAACAAGGUUCGCGACGAGUUCGUCAACAACGGUGGUCCCGGCGAGGAAGUUCUCAAGGAGCUUCAAUCCAUAUGGGAAUCGAAGAUGAUGCAAGCUGGUGUAAUUGUUGGUCCCAUAGAAAGGUCCGUGCUACCUAAGCCAACGCCCGGUGGUCCAAUUACUCCAGUUCAUGAUCUUAACGUGCCUUAUGAGGGGACUGAAGAGUAUGAAACUCCUACAGCGGAAAUGCUUUUCCCCCCUACGCCGUUGCAAACUCCUCUUCAAACUCCUUUACCAGGAACUGUGGAUAACUCGAUGUAUAACAUUCCCACUGGACCUAGUGAUUUCUCAUCUGCUGGAAAUGAUUCUGGAGUAAAUAAUGAGAUAAAAGGUGGAAGACCUGGUCCAUACAUGCAACCUCCUUCUCCCUGGGCGGCGAACCAGAGGACUUCACUUGACGUCAAUGUUGCUUAUGUGGAAGGGCGGGAUGAGCCAGACAGAGGAACUUCUAAUCACCCUCUGACACAGGACUUCUUCACAAUGUCCUCUGGGAAGCGGAAACGUGAUGAAACUGCUUCACAAUAUAAUUCUGGUGGAUAUAUACCUCAGCAAGAUGGAGCUGGAGAUGCUGCAUCUCAUAAUUUUGAAAUUGAAGUAUAUGGAGGGGACAUCUCAAUUGAUGCAGAUCAGAAUACUUUUAAAGGAAAAAUGUCAGCACAUUUGGAAAGGACAGCUUCUCAGAUUCCUCAACUUGAUGGACCAAUUCCCUUUGAUGAUGAUGUGCUUUCUACUCCAAAUAUAUACAAUUAUGGAGUGUUCAAUGAAGACUACAACGUUGCAAAUACACCAGCUCCUGAAGUAUCAGCAAGUACCCCUGCUCCUGUUGCUCAAAAUGAGGUUGAUGAAGAAGAUGACGAUGACGAGCCCCCCCUAAAUGAAAAUGAUGAUGAUGAUUUGGAUGAUUUGGAUCAGGGUGAGGAUCAAAAUACUCAACAUCUUGUUUUGGCCCAGUUUGACAAGGUGACACGUACCAAGAGUAGAUGGAAGUGCACCCUAAAGGAUGGUAUCAUGCAUAUAAAUAAUAAAGACAUUCUCUUCAAUAAGGCAACUGGAGAAUUUGACUUCUGAUUUUGUCAGGGAUUGGUCUGCCAUUUAGUGGCAGUGCUUUGGUGAAGUUGAGUAUUUUGUAAUCUUUCUUUGAUUAUAAUUAUUAAAUUAGAUCUGGAGGAAGAGAAAAGUCCUUAAUACUUUCGCCACUGUUAUAUUGAUGUUGGCCUGUUGUACAUAAAGGAUGAGCAAAUUUUGGCCUUUACAUGGAUAGGUAGUCCGAGGCAUUUCCCGAAGUUUGCCAUUUGUCUAGUGGGAUAUGUAUGUCUAUUACUCUAUUAGCUCUGCAUACUUGGACAUUUUGUUUUCCAUUUGAGACUAUAUGAUAUUAGACAUUUUAAACUGCCGUGACUCUCGUUUGUUUUUUGGCCUUCCUAAAAACGACGAUAAUGACUACUGUACAGGUUAUAUGAGGUUACUGUAUUGGAGAACAAUCUAAAGAAUUGAACCUAAUUUUUGUCU